UCUUUCAAGUUAAUCAUAUUACCAGUAUUUAAAUGACAAGAAUUCAUUCCGCGUUUGUUGGUUCAUGUAAAAAAAAAAUAUGUCAUUAAAAUCUUUAAUCACCCAAUUAAAAUUCAAUCCGAUGCUCCGAGGUGAACGGUUUUUGUUUAUGUUUUGCAAAGUUGCGGACGAGAAUGGUUGUACUAAGGAAUGGAUAUUAACUACAGCCACACCCCGGUCACCAUGGAAAGUUUAGAACGUCAGCGCGCCAUGGCGAUGCCGAGGUGCAACACCCCAAGUGAGGCCCCGCCUCUGCCGGUAGGAAAAGAAUACCACGCGUAUUUUAGUUUUCAUGGCGAAAAUCCAGAUUAUAACUGGGUGAAAGCGGUGACAAGAGAGUUGGAGAGUCGUGGAUUCAAAUGCUGCGUGUUCCCCCGGGAUCUAGACGCAGGGAGGUCCCUAUCCUACAAUAUCAAACACAUACUGACCAAAUGCCUGAGAAUCGUUACUGUUUUAUCGUCUGCUUAUAUAAAGAACGAAUGGUCACAGUUAGAAAUGGAGAUAAUUUCACUUGGAAAACUAGAUGAAUUAGUUUUUAUCCCUGUGUUAAUUGAACCUUGUGACAUUCCACCAUUCCUGAAGUACUACAGGUAUGUUAAUGCAACGACCGCCAAAGAAACUUGGUGGAAUAUGUUUUACGAACAGGUCCGAGGAAAUGCCCCUCGGCUUCCCCCACGUAAGAAGUUCCACGCCUAUUUUGCCCACACCUCGUCGGAUACACAAUGGGUGACUAAUAUUGUAGAACGUCUAGAAAGCCCACAUAAUAACAUUAUUUGCUGUUAUCCCGCUCGGGAUUUCAAACCAGGAACGUCUAUCAAUGAAUCCAUUGACACUGCCAUUAAAAAAUCUGUAAAAGUGGUGCUUGUCUUAUCCAAAAACUUUUUGCUGAAUGAGUGGAAACGGUACUAUGAAAAGAAAUUCAAACAUUUAAAGGCUAUACCAAUCAUCAUAUCAGACUGCGGAUUGCCCAUUGCACUGGACGACAUCGUUUGUAUCGAUGCCCGUAAUACCGAAACCGACUGGUAUAAAGUGUUAUUACGGGCCAUCAACGAAGAAGAUUUGAGUGCUGAUGACGACACAGUGACAAGUACAAGUCAGUUUAUACGAGAUGAGGUCAUCUACACUCCAGCAGCAGGGCCAUCAUUUGGUCUACCGACAAGUACUGCUCUUUGAAGACAUAUUGUGUCAAAAUACAUAUGAUAUUUUAAAUUGGGGAAAUUAUUUUUAUUACAAAAAACACUAAACAUUAGGAUCACGAGAACACGACAAUGGCUAAGAAAUAGUGGAGUCUAUAAACGUGACAAACGCAAUUUUUUUGUCUUGGUGGAAAUCCAUGCAUCUGUUGUGCAACUUCGAGUAUAAUGUUCCUGAAUACCAUGGCAUGUUGAAAAUUGUAUUCAAGUGCUUGAAUAUUUUCUAAAAUUGAGAUUGUUCGUUUGAUUUCGUUAUUGUUACAUCUGUAAGUGCACAUAAAAUACU